CUUGCUGCCUGCCGCCUGCCAAAGCCGCUCCCCGCCGUUAGUCAGCGCUCCUCCCGCUUCUCCUGCCGGCUGCCGGGGCUGUGGCUCCUGUUCCCCUCGGGGCCGGCGGCAGCGCGUCCUCCCGCUCCUCCUCCCUCCUUCCCCCCGGCCCCAUGGCUUCGUCCGGCAGCGGCAUGGAAGAGGUGCGCGUCUCGGUGCUGACCCCUCUGAAGCUGGUGGGACUGGUGUGCAUCUUCCUGGCGCUGUGCCUGGAUCUGGGCGCCGUGCUGAGCCCCGCUUGGGUGACGGCGGACCACCAGUACUACCUGUCCCUGUGGGAGUCCUGCCGCAAGCCCGGAAACUUGGAGAGCUGGCUCUGCGAGUCCACGCUGCACAGCGACUGGCAGAUAGCUACUCUUGCUCUGCUGUUGGGUGGUGCUGCCAUCAUUCUCAUAGCUUUCCUGGUUGGCCUGAUCUCUAUCUGUGUGGGAUCUCGGAGACGAUUCUACAGACCAGUUGCAGUCAUGCUCUUUGCUGCAGUUGUUCUUCAGGUGUGCAGCUUAGUCCUCUACCCAAUCAAGUUCAUCGAAACAGUCAGCUUGAAAAUAUACCAUGAGUUCAACUGGGGCUAUGGCCUGGCUUGGGGUGCAACUAUAUUUUCAUUUGGGGGUGCCAUUCUUUAUUGUCUGAACCCUAAGAACUAUGAAGACUAUUACUAGAAUCAUUUAAUGAAAAGAAAAAUACCAGAAGGAUUACCCCCAUCUUUUCUAACUCACUGUUUUUUUAGAACACUCGUGGAGCACCAGUCUGCUCUGUUGAUAAAAUAGCCUUUGCCUUUUGGGUGUGAACACUGUAACCAGCUUUUACAACCAUUUAGAAGAACUGCAAACACUAGGAUUGUUGAUCUUACGUAGGCAGAUGCUGCAAGCUGCUGAUACAUAAGCUUUGUUUUUCCUGACAACAAGCAAAGGAUCUACAUGACAGCGAUCAUUGUGAGAAAUUUAGUUGGAAUGUGAAUGCAAGGCCAGCAUCUGCUUUUGCCUUCAGGGGAGCAGCUGGUGUAGGCUCCAUUUAGAAGUUUCCCUGUAUCAUAGAGGAUUCAAAUGUCUGAUAAGCAGGCAAUGGCAUCUUGUACAAUAGGCUGUGUUGGCCUCUUGUUACUUGCUCAGAAAAGCUCUUAAGGAAUUAGUUGCGAGUGACUGUGUCCAGGGCAGUGAAUGUAACUGGUUAAUGGCUUGUCUAAUAUCUGCAUUCAGCAGUCUUCUGGGAGAAGUAAAACAGCUACACAGAGAGGAUUUCAUGAAUCGACAUCACCAUGCCAGCUGUAGCAGAUUGUUGAAGGAAGUCCAAACCCAGAGACAUGUGCUUCUGACUGUGUGGUUGGAAGUUGUCUCAAUUCUUGAGUAUUUUGUUGAGGGGGGGAGAGCGGGGGUGGAGAUAGGGGGGAGAACAAAAAGAGCUUAUAUGUCCCUAAGGCAUCUGAAAUGCAUGAAUGAAUUGCAGUUUUCCUAAGGACUCAUUUAACUUCUGAGCAGCAUUAUGAAAAAAUGCAUAUGGAACAAGUUUGAUUAUAUUUUUGGAAGGUAUUAGUAUAAGCAAGUAUAUAUAAUACAUAUAUAAAUUCAGAGGAAGAAAGAGAAUUAUCUUUAAAUUGUAAGAGGAGCUGUGGUGCAGUGGUUAAAAUACUAACGUUGUACACAUUCUUUGGGGUCUUAGACCAGUACCCACAGUCAUGAUUGGUGUUACAAAAUAAACCUAAAAUGAUUUGUUUUCUGUAUAUGCCCUUGUACAGACUCUGUUAUGGGAAAUGCAUAAAAGUUCACUUCUACUAAGGUAGAAGUGGAUGAAAUAACUACUUUCUAUUUCACAUGUAAUUCCGUACUUAAUAAAAAUUGUGGAAAAAAAAAAAAAAAAA